GCCGUUCAACUACCAACUAAUACGCCAUCCCCGCUCCUCCCUAUUUCCUUCAAGUGCCCAAUAUCUCCUUCCCAUUCCUCCACUCUCCCUUAGAUUUCUUCUUCCGACAACUCCCCAACCAUUCAGCUAUAAUUCUCGCACACUCUCACUCACUCUCUGGUUUCCUCCUUUUGAUGCUCUGCGGAAUAGCCGAGUUAGCAUAAUGGAUGUGGAAUAUGAAGAGGAGUAUAUUAAGAGCGCAAGAGGUGUUCAGCUCUUCACCUGCAGAUGGCUCCCACUUUUUUCCCCACCGAAAGCCCUCGUUUUCCUUUGCCAUGGUUAUGGCAUGGAAUGCAGCGGUUUCAUGAGAGGGUGCGGAACGCGAUUGGCGGCAGCAGGGUAUGCGGUGUUUGGCAUCGAUUAUGAGGGUCAUGGGAGGUCCAAGGGAGCUCGAUGUUACAUCAGCAAGUUUGACAACAUUGUCGCCGAUUGCGACCGCUUUUUUAAAUCAAUAUGCGAGAGGGAAGACAAUCAGGACAAGCGCCGGUUCUUGUAUGGUGAAUCCAUGGGAGGAGCGGUAACACUGCUUCUACACCGUAAGGACCCCACCUAUUGGGAUGGAGCCGUCCUCGUAGCGCCCAUGUGCAAGAUAUCAGAGAAAGUGAAACCCCAUCCAUUGGUGGUGGCCGUGUUGACAAGAAUGGAGGAGAUCAUUCCCAAGUGGAAGGUGGUUCCCACCAAGGACAUCUACGACAAUGCUUUUAAGGACCCCAUCAAGCGCCAAGAGAUCCGAAGCAACAAACUGCUCUACAAAGACAAACCACGUCUGAAAACAGCCCUGGAGCUACUCCGUACUAGCAUCCACCUCGAAGACCGCCUAACACAGGUAACCCUUCCUUUCUUCGUCUUACACGGCCAGGCGGACACGGUAACCGACCCUGAGGUGAGCAGAGCGCUGUACGAACGAGCAAGUAGCGAAGACAAGGCGAUGAAACUUUACCCGGGAAUGUGGCACGGUCUAACCUCAGGUGAACCGGACCGGAACAUAGACGCCGUCUUCGCCGACAUCGUCGCGUGGCUCGACGAUCGAAGCGGCCUCGGUGGUGGACGGAGGAGACCGCUAGCGGUUAAGGAUGUGGGCGGUGCCAUUGGAUUUCAGGUCGGAUCGAAGGCGGAUGAAGCCGCGGAGGUAAGGAGUCAGCAACGGCAGCGCCGCCGCGGAAGGAUUCUGUGCGGGUUGAAGGUAGGGCCGCGACAUCACGCGGCAAUGUGAGAGGGUCAGUGUUACGGGGUACAUUUGUGAAACAAAAAGUUUAAUGUGGAGUAAAAUGAAAUACUGGGAGUCGGUAAAUAUAAUAUAUGUUUUUGUAUCUUAUAAAACAAUGGAUGGGCUCCAUUAAUUAGCAAUAAUAGAAGGGAUUCGAAUCCAGAAAAGUUU